CCGAGUCAACCAUCGUCACACAGCCUUCGCGGUUCACCUAGUCAUUUCGUAGUAGCAUUCAGUCGUGGACGCGGACGUAUAGGCUCGCUCGACUGCGCAGCAAAUCCGACCGACCAGUCCGAGACCGGCUGUGACGGACAUAAUAGGAUGAAGGAUAUCCGCUCGCAGUUUGAGAAAAAUGGCUUCGUCGUCCUGGAAGAUUUCUUUCAACCGGAAGAGAUCGACGAACUCAAAUCUUGCGGAGAAGAAUUCACUACCAACUUACCUCCGGAAAAUGAGAGGAAAGUUUUCAAUACGAUAGAAUUGCAACAGAACAAAGAUAAAUAUUUUCUGGACAGUGGUAACAAAAUCAGUGUGUUCUUUGAGACUGAAGCUUUAGACGAUAAUGGAAAAUUGAAAGUUCAUCCUCGAGUGUCCUUAAAUAAGGUAGGUCACGCCCUGCACUGGCUUCACCCUACAUUCAAAAAAUAUACUUUUGAUGAAAGAGUUAAAGAAGCAGCUUUCCAAUUGGAUUAUCAAGAACCAGCCAUUUGUCAGUCGAUGUAUAUUUACAAAAAUCCAGGAAUUGGAUCAGAAGUAAUAAUGCACCAAGAUGCAACAUAUUUGUACACGGAACCAGUGAAGCUUGUUGGUUUCUGGAUCGCUUUGGAAGAUGCCACGCAGGAAAAUGGAUGUCUAUGGAUUGCACCAGGUUCUCACAAGAGCGGUGUUCAUCGACGUUAUGUAAGGAAUAAGGAUCCAGAAUCCAAGGAACUGUUAGUCUACGACAGAGCCGCACCUUGUUAUCAGCUUAGUAAUUUUCGACCAGUCCCAGUUAGCAAAGGAACCUGCAUUCUCAUUCACGGACAAGUAGUACAUUUUUCACAUCCAAACAAAAACGAUAAAUCAAGGCACGCUUACACGUUUCACGUAAUCGAGACACAACACACCACCUAUUCGAAAGAAAACUGGCUGCAACCACCUCCAGGAGGAUUUCCAAAGUUGUAUAGAAAUUAAAUUUACAGAGAUAAUGCUCGAUCGGUAGAGCACUGUCAAAUUAUUUUAUUACAAAUUGCCAGGGAACAUUAUUUAAUAUCUAUUGCUAUUCUGGCUGUGCAUUUUUAUUUUCCACCUUGUACAAAAGUUAUUUCUUGUAUUAUAAUAUAGAAAUAUUAGUAAAAGUGUUUGUGGUGUUAAUACUUUACGUGAAAAAACACCAUGCACCGUACAAACAAUAUUACAUUAUGUUAUACAUAUGUGAUAUCUAAAACACUGAAUUGAACAAAAGCUUGUAUAUAUACAUUAUGUAAAACGGAUGUAGCUGAAUUCAGAAGAAUUUUAGUCGGUUUAUAAAUAUACAUCUAUGUACAUCAGUA